AUGGGCUCAAGAAUUCUUGUCUACUUGCUUCUUGUUUCCUCUCAAAUUCUGGUGAUACUGGCACGGACAGACAGUGAUGAUCGUGCUCUUAAUGUAUAUGGAAGCAUCUUCUCUUGGUCUGAGCAUAGAUUUUACCUUAUUACCUCUAUUGCAGUUGCUGCUCUAAAUGCCAUCAAAUCUAGCUGGAGUAACUUGCCCCCAAACUGGACAGGGUCAGAUCCUUGUGGCAGCAGUUGGGAUGGGAUUAAUUGCACUGAUACACGCGUGACCUCCAUGCAAGUCUUGGCAAUUCCCUGUCCUGAUGAUUCCCUAGUUCAUUUGUUUUUCCUUGUUUUUGAGUCUAAUAGAAUUGCUUCAACUGCAGAAUGUUGGCAGGCACGGGGGUGGAAGAUGGUUUCUGGAUGUAGGGAUCUUUCUAACAACAUUGGACUUAAAGGGAGUCUUCCAGAAUCAAUUGGAAACUUGAAGAAACUGUCUACCUUGAUUUUGGUUGGCUGCAGCUUUUAUGGUCCCAUUCCAGAAGCAAUAGGCUCUCUGGAUCAGCUGACAUUUUUAUCUUUGAACAACAAUAGCUUCAAUGGCCCAAUUCCAUCUUCAAUUGGUAAUCUAACUCGGCUUUCAUGGCUGGAUCUAAGUUACAACAAGCUUAGUGGUACCAUUCCAGUUGCCAGCAAAACUGCGAAGGGUUUGGACACACUACUUAAUGCUAGACACUUUCAUUUGUCGAAUAAUCUACUUUCUGGGUCUAUCCCCGAUCAACUGUUCAGUUCAAACAUGAAGCUUAUACACACGAUAUUUGACCACAACCAACUCACCGGGAAUUUACCUUCCACUCUAGGAUCUAUAAAGACAUUGGAGAUUGUACGCUUUGACUGGAAUUUUCUUGAUGGACCCAUCUCUCCAAACCUGAGUAAUCUUACAAAUAUGAAUGAGUUGUACUUGUCUAAUAAUAAGUUUACAGGAAAUAUACCCAACCUCACAGGCAUGAAUUUCCUAUACUACGUGGAUGUGAGCAAUAAUAAUUUUAAUGCAUCAAAUGUUCCACAAUGGAUUACAAGCCUCCAGUCUUUGACAACAUUAAUGAUGGAGAACACACAACUCCAAGGUCUGAUCCCAGUUGAGCUCUUCAGACUUCCUCAAUUGGAGACUGUGGUGCUCAGCAACAAUAAUCUUAGUGGAGUCUUAAAUAUUGGCAAUAGCUACAGCAACAAUUUAACCCUUGAUUUGCGGAACAAUUCCAUUACCGACUUUAUGCAAAAGACUGAUUACAGCAUGGGGGAGCUAAUACUAGUUGGUAACCCCCUUUGCAAUGCGAAUGGAGCAACUUUGAAAUACUGUAUAGUUGAGAAUCACCAUAAUAACUCAUUCCCGUCAAACAAUUGUACGGCUAAAUCCUGCAGCAGAAAUCAAGUAUUGAGUUCUAAUUGUGGACGUUCACACCCAUACACUGGAACCCUGCACUUUUCCUCUUUGUCCUUCUCAGAUUUACAAAAUUGUACUUAUUACAAAACCCUUAAUGGGGCUCUGAUGACUGUUUUUCUCUCCAACGGGCUGCCUGUUAAUUCAGUUCUUCUUGCUAAUCCAACUGUUGACAUAUAUAACUACCAUCAGUUCCGUCUGCAAAUUUUUCCUUCUGGUCAAGAUUCUUUCAAUCGAACAUCGAUAUCGACAAUAGGUUUCCUACUCAACUAUCAGCAAUUCCCGCUUCCAUAUUAUGGGCCAUUCUUCUUCAUUGAUGAACCGUAUUGUUGUCUUGGAGGUUCAAAAAAGUCAUCAAAUGCUGGCAUUAUCAUUGGAGUAGCAGUUGGCUGUCCUGUGCUUGUGCUAUUAGUCAUCUUUGCUGGAAUUUAUGCAUUUCUUCAGCGUAAAAGAGCCAAAAGAGCUUCCGAAAGGAGCAACCCAUUCUCAUCCUGGGACCCUAAAAAAGGAAGCGGCAGCAUUCCACAGCUUAAGGGAGCAAAAUGGUUUUCCUUUGAAGAUCUUAAGAAAUGUACUGACAAUUUUUCAGAAUCCAAGUGCAUUGGAUCUGGAGGCUACGGAAAGGUUUACAAAGGAGCUAUUUCUUCUGGACAAUUAGUUGCAAUCAAGCGUGCUCAACAGGGAUCAAUGCAGGGAUCCUCUGAGUUUAAAACAGAGAUUGAACUUUUGUCGAGGAUUCAUCAUAAGAAUGUCGUCAGCCUUGUGGGAUUCUGUUAUGAUCAAGGUGAACAAAUGCUGGUCUACGAGUAUAUAUCCAAUGGUACCCUUCGAGAUUGUCUUUCAGGGAAAAUAGAAUUCAAGUUGGAUUGGAGUAGAAGACUUAAAAUAGCUCUUGAUGCAGCCAGAGGACUGUCAUAUUUGCAUGAGCUUGCCAACCCUCCGAUUAUUCACAGGGAUAUUAAAUCAAACAACAUCUUGCUGGACGAUCAUUUCAAUGCAAAAGUUGCUGAUUUUGGUCUAUCGAAACUAGUGGGAGAUACGGGCAAGGGUUAUGUCACCACUCAAGUCAAGGGGACACUGGGAUACAUGGAUCCUGAAUACUACAUGACCCAACAGCUUACUGAGAAAAGUGAUGUAUAUAGCUUUGGAGUUGUAUUGCUAGAACUGAUAACUGCUAAAGCCCCUAUAAAUCAUGGAAAACACAUUGUAAGAGUAGUUCAGGAGACAUUGGACGAUCUAGAAGGUUCUGAAAAUCUCGAUAAAAUUCUUGAUCCAACCAUGGGAUCAGGAUCACAUGUUGGUUUGAAAAAGUUUGUCGAUCUUGCAAUGAGCUGCGUUAGAGAAUCUACCGCUGACCGACCUACAAUGGGAGGAGUCGUGAGAGAGAUUGAGCACAUCGUGGAAUUGUCACCCGAAAACAAGAAAAUGGACCAAAAACUUACUGGAUCUAUCUAUGAGGAAGAAAAUGACGAGAGUCAUCUCCAUUCUUAUGACAUUGAGGUGUUUGAUGUCAACUAUGGUUCCUCCCGUUCUGCAUAG